AAAAAUAUUUUUGAAAAAAAAAAAAAAAAAAAAAAAAAAUUCCGAACAAUUACAAAUUUAUUGAAAACCGAAAAACAAAGUUUUGUGUCAAUAAAAAAUAAUUUCGAAAUAUUGAGCUUCUCAACAAGCCAAGGUCACCACUAAAUUAGCCGCUCAUCAUCAUCAUUGACAGCCAGUCAGCAGUCAACACGCUGCAACAUAAUGAAUCGAUUAAAAAGUUUCAAGCGCUUCCAUUGAAAAUUAUUGGCUGUCCUACCCCUCUCCCGCCCUCGCUCCCCCUCUCUCUCCAAUGCCGCUGAUUAAUUGAAUUUAUUGUGCGGGGGGGGAAAAUAUUUUCUAUUUAGCUUUGAUAAUUAAUUGAUCCGCAGCAAAGUUUUGAUAAACGCCCGCAAAAGAGCAAACAAAAUUAAGAAACGCCAAAGAAGAAGAUGGAGCGGAAGCAGCAUCAAAAAUGAUGAAAGAAAUGUUUAUAGCAAAUAUUGUGAAAAAUUAAUUAGUAAAGUUCCAAAAAAAAAAAAAAAAAUAUUUGAAAAAUAUUCGAAAUAGCAUUCAAUCGUCUGUUCAUUCAUUCAUUCAGUCCGCCAAUAGGUUGUGUCUUUCAUCCAUCAUCGGGCUGGCGUGCUUAUACUCUCCUCCUGCUGAGAAUUUCCAAAACCUGUCCGAUCCGGUCCGGUUGUUGUGAAAUGUUGCAAACAUUUUGUUGUGUUGUUUUCUGUUUUUGUUUUGUGUGUGAUAAAUUAAUUGAAUUAAUAUCGAAAUGAAUAUUCAAUAAUUUUAAUUGAAAACAUCGCCAAGAGAGUGAAUAAUUGAAUGAAGUGCAACGACAAAAAAAAAAAAAAAAAUAUUUAUUUUAGAAAUUUUACUAAACGUUUACGAGAAAUAUUUACAACAAUUUUGAAUUUAUGAAGAACAAAAAAAUAACAAUCCCACAAAAACCACAAAAAUGUUGAGGUAAAUUAACGGUCUUAAUUUGCAUUGAACCACCCAAAAAAAUCCGCCGUACAAAAACUACUCCUUCCAAAAUACAAAAAAAAAACAACAACAAAUAUGCUUGAACAUUUCGAUCUUAAUCCGUUAAAUACCACAAUUAUAUCUGCAACGAAUCCGCCGCAUAAUGACAUACUCAGUAGCUAUACAAAUACAACGACAACAAUGGAACCAAAGCCUAGUAUCAACGCAACCGCUGCGUCACUAUUAAACGAUAUCGUCAUGAACACCUCAGCCGUGGUGGUCGAUUAUGCCGCCCAAUGGCUGAAUGCCACAGCGACAACAAUGGCCAACAACAUAACGCACAGACUCAACGAAACAAUGGCAUCCACUACCAUGUUAGAUGUCCUGUCAUCCACAACAACAACAACGACGACAACGACACAACAUCCUUACCUGCCCCAGAGUAUUACAGAUGCCGCCACCUCAACACUAUUCCUGCACAACGACAACCUCUCAUCGAAUGCCAUGAUUGACGUCGACUGGCCCCUCUGCCACCCUCUGAAUCCCAACUUUAAUUGCAGCAUCGAGGAUUAUGUAGAGUUUACUCUCGGCCCCAAAACUUUACCCCUCUACAAAGCUCUGCUGGUAACCGUUGUCUAUGGCAUCAUCUUUAUCUCGGCCCUGGUGGGCAAUGUUCUGAUUUGCGUGGUUAUUGUCAGGCACGAGUCCAUGCACUCGGCCACGAACUAUUAUCUCUUCAGUUUGGCGGUGUCAGAUCUCAUUUUUCUCAUAUUUGGACUGCCUACGGAAGUGUUUCUCUAUUGGCAUCAGUAUCCAUUUCUGUUUGGCCUAACAUUUUGCAAAGUGCGGGCCUAUAUAUCAGAAGCUUGCAGUUAUGUUUCCGUCUUUACCAUUGUGGCAUUCUCCGUGGAACGCUAUCUGGCCAUUUGCCACCCAUUGAACUCUUACGCCAUGUAUGGCUUUAAGAGAGCUCUGCGUAUAAUAGGCGGCCUAUGGCUACUUAGCUUCAUUGCAGCCAUACCGUUUGGCAUGCUAAGCGAAAUUCAAUAUCUCAGCUAUCCUCCAGACAAUGAAACCAUCUGUGACUCGGCAAUGUGUGCCAUGUUUCCUCCGGAAGAAUGGUAUGUCUUUGAGGCCUCCUUUCUGUUUUUCUUCCUGAUUCCCAUGAUAAUGAUCAUCUAUUUCUAUGGGCGUAUGGGUGCGGAGAUUCGAGCAAGGACGGUGCAGAAAUUGGGUGUCCAAAGAGGAUCUCUGCAUAGGCCAUCCAGACACGAGCAGUCCAGGAAAGCUGUCAUCAGGAUGUUGGCUGCCGUUGUCCUGACAUUCUUCAUCUGCUGGCUGCCGUUUCACAUCCAGCGUUUAUUUAUUAUCUACGGUCGUGAGAGCAAAUAUUAUUUCGAAAUCAACGAAUGGCUUUUCUCAAUAACCGGCUUUGCCUAUUAUUUGUCUUGCACAAUUAAUCCGAUUUUGUACAACGUGAUGUCACAUCGCUAUCGUGUCGCCUUCAAGGACACCCUCUGUGGCAAAUGCCGGAAAAAUGGUUUCGCCCGCGAUCAAUCGAGUUUUCGUGAAAACACCCUGGCAACAAGUCUGUCUAAUAAUGGCAACUAUGAUAGGUAUGGUAGAUCCUUCCGAUAUACGAAUAAUCUGAAAGAUCGUAUGUCAAUAAAAUCGAGUCAUCUUACAUGGAAGAAAGCGGAUUACAAUUCAACACUGGAAAAGGAAAUUUCCCAAAAUCACACGGCCGCUCUAUCAACUGGAACCAAUGCCAUGGUGGUGUGCGUCGAUAAUGGCAUUAAUGGACGCACCAAAGUUUUCACCGAAAACGAAGCCAAGGAAUCUCUGUUGAGCAAAUAUAAGACCAACGAGACCUGCAUAUAGUCCAAGGCCAGAGUGAGGCGACAAACUUCGGUACGUGUAAAUUAUGUAUAAAAAGAGAAAGCAUUUUUUAAAUUUUAGAAUAGAAGAAAAUUCCUUUUCUAUU